CCCCGGGGAAGAGGCCGGAGAGCAAAGCCCGGGCGCCCGUCCGCUACUGCAUGCUGGGCACACGCGACGCAGCCAGGAACCCACAGACCCUGGUGGAGGUGACGUCCUUUGCUGCCAUUAACAAGUUCCAGCCCUUCAACGUGGCCAUCUCCAGCAACGUCCUCCUGCUGCUGGAUUUCCACAGCCACCUGACGCGCAGUGAAGUUGUGGGCUAUCUGGGGGGCCGCUGGGACACCAACACGCAGCUGCUGACGGUGCUGCGCGCAUUCCCGUGCCGGAGCCGCCUGGGCGAUGCUGAGGCUGCGGGUGCCGUGGAGGAGGAGAUCUGCCAGAGCCUGUUCCUGCGGGGGCUGUCCUUGGUGGGUUGGUAUCACAGCCACCCCUUCGGCCCCGCGCUGCCCUCCCUGCACGACAUCGACGCGCAGAUGGAUUACCAGCUCAAACUGCAGGGCAGUGGCAACGGCUUCCAGCCCUGCCUGGCCCUCAUCUGUGGGCCGUACUAUGCUGGUAACCCUGGUGUGGAGUCCAAGAUUGCGCCCUUCUGGGUGAUGCCACCGCCUGAGCAACGGCCCAACGACUAUGGCAUCCCCAUGGAUGUGGAGGUGGCUUACAUCCAGGAUGGCUUCCUCACCAACGACGUCCUGCAGGAGAUGACACUGCUGGUGGAGUUCUACAAAGGAGCCCCGGACCUGGUGAAGUUCCAGGAGCUGUGGAGCCAGGACCAGACCUACCUGGAUAAGCUGAAGGGCUCCCUGGCCUCUCGCAGCCCCAAGGACCAGAGCUUUGCCCACAUCCUGGAGCAGAUCUACGGCCUGCUGAGGCACAGCAGCUGAGCAGGAGCUGCAAUGGGGAGCAGGGGCUGCGAGCAGCACUGCAGGGAUGCAGCAUCGCCUGCUGCGCCUGGGAAGCCGACGGAAGGACCAGAGUCAGCAGCUGGGGGCACAGGGCAGGGCAGUGGGGGGCUCCUGGGGGCCCAACGCUUCUAUCGUGUAACAAAGCACGGAGAAAUAAAUGAGGAAACCUGUCUCACCUCCUUCACACACA